AUGGAUCCUGCGGAGUAUCCGUUCGCUCGAAUCGAUUCCGCCCAAGACUUAUUCUCCGCCGUGCUCUAUCAUGAGCAUCUCGACAAACCGCAAAAUUUCAGCGAUCAAACGAACAUUGACUGCUUCUCCGUGCAGGAAUCGGGGGCUGAAUGGUUGCAUUUGCAUGAGGACAGCUUGAAGGCUCUGGUCGAGGGCAUGAGUGAACGAUGGAACAACGUCUCUGCACUAACCACGAAUGGCGGUGAACCGCAGGACUCUAUGGGUCGAAAAGCCUUGGUCUUCUUCAUCCCUCUGAUUGCGACUACUUCCGAUGCAUCGUUCAGGAACGCACUUCCCAUGACCAGGUCCAGCGUCAUCGACCUCUUCUCUUCAUUGUCAUUGAACCCAGCAUUCCUGCAGAACAUGCUUGGCCGUCCGGAUUACUGGGCGCCGCAAGCCCGAUGGGACCAAGAAUCCGAUCAUUUCCUGGGCUGCGACUUCUUUUGCCAGCAUCCGCGAUGGAACCUGCAAGUACAAGGCGCUCCUCUAUCCGUCUAUCUAAGAUAUGACGCUCAACGCGACCUUACUACAUACAUCAUAUCGCAUAAGCCGAACGACACCGUAGUAAACUCCCUUCGUGCGCUCCUCCACCAUACGACCAGACAUCAUGCGCAAACCCAUAUGGCAAAUAUACUCCUCGACAGCCCCCUAGACGUGCACGUCAUGAUCUCCCAGCUAAACUUCGAAGCCUCCAAAUGGCAUGUGAACCGCUUCCGGCGCUUCCAAUGGACCGUCGUCAACAAAGUCGACGACCACCUCGCAGGCCUCGAAACAAGCGACCGCGAUAAACUCAAACGCCUCACCAAGGAGCUGCAGAUCGUUUCGCAAAAUGCGGACUCCCACAUGGCCAAUGCACAAGUCUUCUUAUUCACUGCCCGCGGAAUCCAAAACAUGGCUACACGCUUACAAGUCUCCAAGCACGCCCGCAUACGCCAGCGCACGCUCGACAUGCUCGAGUUCCUCAUCGAGAGCAUGGAAAAGCAGCAAAUGUGGUUCUCAAACUACAAGAGUCGGAAGGACAGCACGAUGCGCCUCGUAUUCAAUCUCGUCACCCAGCAGGAUGCGCUCAAUAAUAUCGAGCUAGCAGCGGAUAUGAAGAGGGAUAGUACGAGUAUGAACGCUAUUGCGGGGCUCACAAUGGUUUUCCUGCCUGGCACAUUCACAGCUUCAGUCCUUAGCGCCAAUAUCUUCGAGUCUUCACCCGGCGUGUCGUCGUUCCUAGUUACAGGGCUCUGGUGGCUGUGGCUUGCGACCACGCUUCCCAUCACCAUCGUCACCAUCCUGUGUUGGUGGUGGUACAAGAAGACGAAGGAAAAGAACGUGCCGCGAGUUGUGAGGAGCAAAGAUGAUGCUACGAGCACAGAGAGUGGAGGCUCCACGCAAAUGUGA